AUGUCCAAGCCAAUCGCAAUCAUUGCUGGUGCAGGGCCGGGAACAGGAAGCGCCGUUGCGCGCCGCUUUGCCCGGUGUUACCCCGUAAUUCUACUUGCUCGAUCGCAAGAGUCCCUUGAUCCAUUGAUCAAAGAAAUUACGCAGAGUGGAGGUUCGGCGAUGGGAGUUCCCACUGAUGUUACAAGCGCGUCUUCAAUGGGCUCGACAAUGGAUCAAGUCAAGGCCAAGUUUGGAAAUGAUAUCACGGUCGCCGCGGCAAUCUACAAUGUCGCGAGCAAGUUCCUAAUGAAAUCGUUCUUGGACCAAUCCCCGGAUGAAUUCUUCGGUAGCUUGGAGCCGUCGAAUAGGGGUGCCUUCAAUUUUGCCCAAGCCACGCUCCCCUUGAUGUUGAAUGGGGCAGGUAAGGGGCAGUACCCACCCACGCUCAUCUUCACUGGUGCCACGGCUGCACUCAAAGGUGGCUCAGGUCUAUCGGCAUUUGCCAUGAGCAAGUUUGGAACUCGCGCCUUGUCCCAAUCUCUUGCCCGUGAAUUUGGUCCCGAGGGCGUUCAUGUUUCCCAUGCCAUUAUAGACGGAAUUAUCAACACGGAAAAGACUAGAGGCUACGGUCAGGAUAUUCCUGACUCUAAAAUCGAUCCUGAGGGAAUUGCGGAAUCUUAUUGGUUCCUGCACACCCAGCCCAGGAGCGCAUUUACCCAGGAGAUUGACCUCAGACCCUAUGUAGAGAAGUGGUGA